AUGUCGAAUGCCGGCCCAUCAAACCAAGGAAACACCCACCCUGUGAAUGGUGAUUUCGACUCUGAAGAUGACUUCGUACUUGGUGCUGCCGCAGUGUGGGUAUGUUGCGACGACUUCUUGGAAAGACCUCUUCCAAGACCAAGAAAUAAUAGUCAUUAUACAGGUCAUCAACGUCUUGGUGAUCUGUUAGAUGGGCACGAACUAGUGAUCUACAAUAAGAUAAGAAUGAGAACUGAUUGCUUCAAGCGGUUGAGUUGGUUACUUGAACAAAAGAAUCUGUUAAAGAGUACUAGAAAUAUGAACGUGGAUGAACAACUGAUGAUUUUCCUCACAAUUGUGUGCCAAAGCGAAAGUAAUAGGGAGACGCAACAUCAGUGGCAGCAUUCAGGAGCGACAAUCUCAAAGUAUUUUAUGAUUGUACUGAAUGCCAUAUAUCGACUACGACAUGAUUUUAUUGUGCCCCCAUACUUUAACACUAUCGACCCGUUCAUUGAAACUAGUGGGAGCAAGUACAGGCCUUGGUUUGAUAACUGUGUUGGUGCACUUGAUGGGACACACGUUCCUUGCGUUCCGCCGCCCGACAAUCCAGAGGUAUGGAGAAAUAGGAAGGGAUUUAUGUCUCAAAAUGUUCUGGGUGUAUGUUCGUUUGACAUGAAGUUUACAUACAUGCUUGCUGGAUGGGAGGGAUCUGCACAUGACGCCCGCGUGCUUGAAUCAGCCCUUGAUGGCCGACACAAAAAGUUUCCAACUCCUCCUGAAGAUUCGGGCUACGCAAACAGAGGUUGUUUCCUAGCACCAUACCGUGGUAGUACGUACCACUUGCAAGAGUAUAGGGCACGCCGAGGACGACCUCGUAGCAAGCGGGAGUUGUUCAACUACACGCACUCAUCGUUCCGGAAUUGUAUCGAGCGCACAUUUGGGGUGUGGAAAGCAAGGUUUCGCAUUCUCAAGAUUAUUAACAACUACCCAAUGAAGAAACAAGUAAAAAUAUCUAUUGCUUGUGCGGUCAUACAUAACUUCAUACGCAUGUUUCAGCAUGAUGAUAGAUUUAUGACACAAUACUUUCAAGAUGGGAUUCCGGUAAGUGAAAUCGACCUUGAAAAUGCGGAACAAUAUGUAAAUUAA